AGUCCAAGUGAAAAGUUUGCAGAAGAAGGAAUCAUUUUGUGAAAGCUCUUAAAGAAUAAAAAGAAAAUUAAAAUAUACAAUUAUAACAAAGAUAGCUUAAUUAGUAUUGCUAAUCAAUUAACUAUUUGAACCUUUUGUGCAAAUUAUUGCAAAGAAAUUACUCGAAAAAUGUUUGUGCACGAUUUACGGGCUCAUGAUUCGGAUUCUGGAGAGGAGGAGGAUAUCCCUCAAGGCGAUUUGCUUCAGAGGAGAAGAGAAGAAUGCGAACGAAAGGCACGCCGUGGGGAGAUGGAUCCCCGAUUGGAGUUUACGUUCCAGCUGCUGAUGGAUGGAACUGGGUUGCCUCGACAUCAAAUAAUGGAUCAUAUUUUCGAGGGCGACAUGUUGGAUGAGAUUAACCAGCUGUUUCUGCCCAACAUGAGGAACAAAUUAAUGUGGUUUUAUCAGGAGAUGGACGAACCAGAACCACAACCAAGCUCCGAUGCCCCAAAGGCUGGACCAUCGAGGGCAGGAAUGUCAAACAUCUCGAAAACUCCUCAAGGAACAACAUCUAGUGGACCCACAAUGAGAUUCAAACUAUUCCUAACAGACGGAUGGAAUUGUGCCUUUACUGGUGUAUGCAUCUAUAUGUUUCGCAUAAAUAAUACAAAACAGCUACCCGAGGAGGGUUUUCAUAAGGAUUUAUAUUGUGGCGUAAUUGAUUCUCGUCGGGUGGGUUUAGUUGCCUCAGUUGAGAGAAUUGUAGAAUAUAUUUUCAUGCAAGCACUGGGAUUUCCCACGGAAGAUGAUGAGGAAAUAAAUCAACUACUCAUUAAGGGACAAUUGCUCCCUGGGUUGAGAUCAUUCUGCAGUGCUCUCCGUGUAUGCGAGAAGGUUUGCAACUACGUCAACGUCUUUGAAGAUAAUAUCCAUAAUUUUUCAAUGCAAACAACCGUAACAGAGGUGAAGGAAUUGGCGACAAAUCAGGAAUUUUGCCGGAAUUCUGAAGAGCGUGUCAAGGCAUGGAUGAAAGGAAUUAAUGUCAAUAUUCUGAUGGAAAGUGAACAGCUCAGGCGUGAAAAUGACUCAAGUGGCCCUCAAGAUGAGCUAGAGUAUUGGAAAUGUCGAGGAGCACAAUUUUCUCAGCUUUUAUCACAUUUACAGGAAAAGGAAGUUCAGUACACCCUCACCACGCUUUCGCUGUCAGGAUCAAAAGUGAUGAAAAUGUGGAAGGAGACCGAUCGAAAAAUAACAUUUUGUUACAAUGAGGCGAGGGAUAAUUCUAAAUUUAUUCAAUCGAUGGAGCAAUGCUGCCAUGCCCUGUACCUCGAUGAUCCGGUUAAUAUGAAAGAAUCCAUUCUGAGUCUCCUACAGACAGUGAGACUCAUCUACAGUGUAUCCCAAUUCUACAACACAUCUGAACGUACCUCGGCACUCAUGGUUAAAAUUACAAAUCAAAUGAUUGAGACAUGCAAAUCCUACAUUACGUGCCGUGGAAAGGAGACAAUUUGGUCACAGGAUCGUAAUUUAAUUCGAACCAAAUUGACAAAUUGCAUUAAAUUGAAUCAUAUCUACCGCGAAACAUAUUACACCGUUCGUGCACAGCCUUUCCUUCCAAAUCAAACACCAUUUGGCUUCUCGGAGAAUUUUGUAUUUGGCAAAUUCGAUACGUUCUGUGAGAGAUUGCAGAAAAUAAUUUCCAUGUUCAAUCUCAUUGAUGACUACAAUCAUCUAUUUGAGCGACGGCUCGAGGGUUUGCUGCUGGGUGAAGCACUAGAUGAGGCAAUGAAUAACUUCGGGGAGUCAAAGAAGGAAGUGGUGUUCAAGAAAUACGAUUACCUGGAUCAUCGCAAUGCAGAAUUCAAUGUUGACUUUCAGAGUUUCCUAUCAAGAACCAACACCCUGAAGGAGUCUAUUGCAUCGAUGAUUGAGUACAACUUUGAUACAGUGUGGGAGACUCCGCAAGGUAUUCGCUUCUUGAUUCGAUUUGAGAAAGUCAGUGAGAAAAUUCCAUUGACACAGAUGGAAGAAAAAUAUCAGAGAAUUCUCAAGUAUUGCGAAAAGGAGGUGGAGAGAAUUCUCAAGUUGUUUCGUAAGCAACGCGAUGAUCCCCCAUUGCCCCGAAAUGUACCACCCAUCGCGGGUCGAAUAAAGUGGUGUCGCUCUCUCGAGUGUCACCUGGCAGAGCUUGUGUCGAGUGUGUCAACACAUCCCAUCCUGCAGAAUUUACCCGCCACGAAGGAUCUCGAGAAUAGAUACAACUCAGUUAAGAUAAUCCUGGCAGAAUAUGAGCAAGAAAUUGUGUCCAUAUGGCUUAAUCAGGAUGUUACUGUAGCUGAUGCCUGUCUUGUACAGCCUAUUCUUGCUCUUCAGCACGAUAGACUAUUUGUUAAUCUACACUCAACUAUUCCACUUCUUAUUAGAGAGGCGAAAUGCCUGGCAAAGAUGAAUAUUGAAUUGCCAAUAGUAGCCGCUACGCUUCUUGCAAAGCAAAAUCACUUUAGCACCAUACAGGAUUCACUGAAUAGCCUUAUAAAGAUGUUUUUGUCGGCUGUUAAAAAAGUAAAAUUGGAAGUGAGACCACUCUUUCUCCCUCAACUCGUUCGUCUAACAUCCAUGCUUCGUCCUGGAUUACAGUCAAUUAACUGGACAGACCCGAAGUGGGUGGAAUUUUAUGAGAACUGCAAAGAAGCAAUAACAACGUUUGAUAUCCUCGUGGCUCGGGUUCAUGAUAUUUAUGCCAACCGUAUACUUCAUGUUCUCAUGUCAAUGCAGGACGUUACACUGCAGACUCUGCCCACAGACGAUGAAAUGUGGACAAUCGAGGAGUUCUUGGAGAAAAAUGAGGAAGCCUGUCGGCAAGCGGCAAUUGAGCUCAAUAGGAAAAGUCAAAUGGUAUCUGAGGCAGUUGAGGAAGUACUCGAAUUAGUGCAAAAAGCCUCGCAGCAAUUUAAGGAAAUGUGUGGAGCAGAAAAUGAUCUAAUGGCCGACGAGGAAAGUAAAAGUACACCGUCCAGUAAUAAAGAUGACGAAGCGGAUAGUUCUCAAAACCAACAGCAAGAUUGGAGUAUCCUUUGGUCAUGUUUUGAAAACCCUCUGUCUCUCCUGUCGUCCCAAAACGGUGGACUCUCCAAGGGGAUGCAGGACAUGGUGCACAAUGCUGUGGCAGAAAUGCGUCGCUACUAUAGUCGGAAAGUUAUUGAUGUUCUCAUAAGGGUAACAAGAUCAUCCCUGGAUAUGCUUCGUCGACGUUUUGUUUCGGAACUUGAUGGAGAAACCUCGAGGAAGCCUGUAUUUCUCAUGAAUGCUACUCUUAUGAUUCCCAAUGUUUCCAUAAGACCUACCCUCGAUGAGCUACAGGAAACUCUUGUACAAGCGGGAAAAAAUAUUGCUGGGGUAGCCAAAGGUGUGGCUCAGUGGUCAAGUGGAAAGGACUCAUCAGGCGGCUAUUCUAUCACAGAUAAACGAAUGAGUCGCAACAUAAGGGAAGAUAGUAAGACCCGACGACGUAAAGUCUAUCGUCUAGUCUCAGAAGAGAAACCUCAAAUGCCCCACAUGACUAAAAGCUUCUACAGCUACAUUAUGGACAACAAAGAGGUAGUGAAGACUCUAUCACUCUUGUCAACUUGCACCAGAAAUGUUAAGCAAGAUAUCCAAGGUUUCAUCAAGAGGUGGAAACCCUAUCAUUUUCUCUGGAAAAAUGAUCGUACAGCACGACAACUUAUGGAAUAUGGGCUGCAUGAAUUUGAAUCCUCACUCCGUUGUCUGGCAGACUUGGAUGCAAAUUUAUUGAUUGAGCCCGAUAUGGAAUACUUUGGUCAGAGUAUUGCAAUAUCCACUGAAAAACUUAAAUAUGGUCUGGCAAUUGAAAUAAAAUCGUGUACACACAAAAUUGGCCAAGCUAUGAAGAAGAAAUACAAGCGUGAGAUGGAUUAUGUGUACGCAGUAAUGCAUGAGAUGGAAAGGAAACUUGAUCGACAAAUUCGCGAUUUAGAUGAUGUGCGAAUGAUUAUGGAUACAUUGGCGAAGAUUCGUGAGCAGGAAGUAGACAUGGAAUUGAGGAUUGAUCCUAUAGAAGAAGCAUUUAAUGUUCUAACGAAGUACGAAGUGCAAGUGGACAGAGAACAUUACGAUCAAGUAGAUAACUUGCGAUACACGUGGCAGAAUCUGCAAGGAUUGGCUCUGCAAGCGCAAGUCAAACUUCUAGAUAUGCAACCAAGCUUUGAGUCCGAUUUGAGGAAUAACCUAGAUAAAUUCCGUCAGGAUAAGAUUGAGUAUGUCAAUGAAUAUAGGAAUGCUGGUCCAAUGCAACCUGGUCUGACACCACGAGAGGCUAGUGACAAACUAAUCCUCUUCCAGAACCGCUUCGAUGGGAUGUGGCGUCGUCUGCAGACUUAUCAGAGCGGUGAGGAAUUGUUUGGCCUUCCUCAAACAGACUAUCCCGAAUUGGGUCAGAUCCGAAAAGAACUCAAUCUACUGCAGAAAUUAUAUAAACUCUAUAACGAUGUCAUUGAUCGCGUGAGUAGUUACUAUGAUAUUCCAUGGGGUGAGGUUGACAUUGAAGAGAUAAACAACGAACUGAUGGAGUUCCAGAAUCGUUGUAGGAAAUUACCAAAAGGCCUCAAAGAAUGGCCAGCCUUCCAUGCACUUAAACGAACCAUUGACGACUUUAACGACAUGUGUCCCUUGUUGGAGCUAAUGGCUAACAAAGCUAUGAAACCACGGCACUGGCAGAGGAUCAUGGAAGUCACAAAGUAUACCUUUGAAUUUGACAGUGAGGGUUUCUCUCUCAAGAACAUCUUGGAAGCACCUCUACUGAAAUAUAAAGAAGAUAUUGAAGAUAUUUGCAUCUCAGCCAUGAAAGAAAAGGAUAUUGAAGCAAAACUCAAGCAAGUAACAAAUGAAUGGUCUGUGCAUGAACUGCAAUUUAUGACAUUCAAUAAUCGCGGAGAAUUGCUGCUGCGAGGUGAUACGACUGCUGAAACAAUUGGCCAGCUCGAAGAUAGUCUUAUGGUGCUUGGAUCGCUCAUGUCAAACAGAUACAAUGCUCCAUUCCGUAAGCAGAUCCAACAAUGGGUUUUUGAUCUAUCAAAUUCAAAUGAUAUCUUAGAGAGAUGGCUACUUGUGCAAAAUAUGUGGGUCUAUCUGGAAGCUGUCUUCGUUGGAGGUGACAUUGCAAAACAGCUACCAAAAGAGGCGAAAAGAUUUUCCAAAAUUGACAAAUCAUGGCAGAAAAUUAUGCAGAGAGCUCACGAAACUCCAGGAGUUGUAGCAUGUUGUGUUGGAGAUGAUCUGCUGAAGCAAUUGCUGCCACACUUGCAAGAGCAACUGGAACUUUGCCAGAAGUCUUUGAGCGGCUACCUUGAACGCAAGAGAAUGAUGUUUCCACGUUUCUUCUUCGUAUCUGAUCCUGCUCUUUUGGAGAUCCUGGGACAAGCAUCUGAUUCGCAUACUAUUCAAAAUCACUUGCUUUCAAUUUUUGACAACACACGUUUUGUGAAGUUCCACGACAUUGAGUAUAACAAAAUGAUGGCCAUUGUUUCAUCUGAGGGCGAGACUAUUCAAUUAGAUAGAGCCAUUCGAGCUGAAGGUUCCGUGGAAACUUGGCUCACAUCUCUCCUUGUUUCGUCACAGCAAUCACUACAUUCAAUAAUUCGACAGGCUCACACAAACAUCAACGAUCCAAACUUCCAAUUCCUAUCUUUCUUGGAGAAAAUGCCAGCUCAAGUGGGUAUUUUGGGUAUCCAAAUGGUCUGGACUCGAGAUGCCGAACUAGCUCUCAUGCAGGCGAGGCAUGAGAAGAAAGUAAUGGCCGAGACGAACAAUAAAUUCCUUGAACUCCUCAACACUCUAAUUGAUCAGACUACAAGAGACUUGACAAGAAUUGAAAGAAUUAAAUUUGAAACAUUAAUCACAAUACACGUGCAUCAGAGAGAUAUUUUUGAUAUACUCUGCAGAAUCAAUGUGAGAUCAGCAAAUGAUUUUGAGUGGCUGAAGCAGUCCCGAUUCUACUUCAAGGAAGACAUGGAUAAGACUUGGAUAUCAAUUACAGAUGUUACCUUUAACUACCAAAAUGAAUAUUUGGGCUGUACCGAGAGAUUGGUAAUUACACCUUUAACUGAUCGCUGCUACAUUACUCUUGCUCAGGCAUUGAUGCUGAGUAUGGGUGGCAGUCCCUGUGGUCCAGCAGGUACAGGCAAGACAGAGACUGUGAAGGACAUGGGAAAGACUCUGGCUAAAUAUGUGGUGGUUUUCAAUUGUUCCGACCAGAUGGAUUAUCGUGGUUUGGGAAGAAUUUACAAAGGCCUAGCUCAGUCGGGAACAUGGGGAUGCUUUGACGAAUUCAACCGUAUUGAAUUGCCCGUGCUCUCAGUAGCAGCUCAGCAAGUUGCAGUUGUUCUUACAGCACGAAAGGAGAAACGUAAGAAUUUCGUUUUCACCGAUGGAGAUCUCAUCGAUAUGAAUCCAGAGUUUGGUAUAUUCAUUACAAUGAAUCCAGGAUAUGCAGGAAGAAAGGAAUUGCCUGAGAAUUUGAAAAUUCAAUUCCGCACAGUUGCAAUGAUGGUUCCUGACCGUCAAAUUAUUAUCAGAGUUAAACUUGCUUCCUGUGGCUUCCUCGAAAAUAUCACGCUAGCUAGAAAAUUCUACACACUGUAUAAGCUAUGCGAGGAGCAGCUUACGAAGCAAGUACACUAUGACUUUGGUUUGAGGAACAUUUUGUCGGUUCUGAGAACUUUGGGAGCAUCCAAGAGGCAAAAUAGUAAAGAUAGUGAAAGCACCAUUGUUAUGCGGGUGCUGCGGGAUAUGAAUUUAUCAAAAUUAAUUGAUGAGGAUGAGCCGCUAUUUAUUUCUCUCGUUGCUGAUUUAUUCCCCAAUCAAAUGCUCGAGAAGACAACUUACCCAGAUCUUGAAGCAGCUAUUCAGAUUCAAGUAGAAGAGGCAGGAUUGAUAUUCCACCCACCGUGGGUGCUGAAACUAAUACAGCUGUAUGAGACACAGAAGGUGCGACAUGGUAUAAUGACUCUGGGACCAGCUGGUGCAGGCAAGACAUCAUGUAUACAAAUCCUCAUGAAAGCUCUUUCACACACUGGCGAAUGCCAUCGUGAAAUGCGAAUGAAUCCAAAAGCAAUAACAGCUGCACAAAUGUUUGGUCGCCUCGAUGUUGCCACAAAUGACUGGACAGAUGGCAUUUUCUCAGCUCUCUGGAGGAAAACUCUCAAGAUGAAGAAAAGUGACCACGUCUGGUUGGUGCUCGAUGGUCCCGUGGACAGUAUUUGGAUUGAAAAUUUAAACUCUGUGUUGGACGACAACAAAACUCUAACUUUGGCUAAUGGUGAUAGAUUAGCCAUGUCACCUACAUGCAAAAUUAUCUUUGAACCACAUAACAUUGAUAAUGCUUCCCCGGCUACGGUGUCUCGCAAUGGGAUGGUCUACAUGAGUUCAUCAGGAUUGGAUUGGAAUCCAAUCCUAAUGGCAUGGCUUUUGACCAGGAGUCCACGUGAGAAAGCCGUAUUUCAGGAAUUAUUUGAGCUCUCCUUUGCUGCUCUCUACGCAUGGGGAACGCAAAAUCUCAAUUUAAUGAUGGACGUGCUUCAAUGCAACAUUGUGAGUCAAAUGCUAAGUAUUUUGGAAGGUUUGGUACCUGUGCUCAAAGAAGAGGAAAAUAAUGUUGCUCUCUCCACAACUGAGAGCUUAGAGGAGGAAAAUCCAGAGGAGCAAAAGCAAGAGGUUAAGGAUGAAGUGUGUACCCCUGAACACCUCCAUCGUCUCUACAUCUUCGCCAUGGCAUGGGGUAUGGGAGCAUUUCUCAAUACAGGUGACCAAAAGAAAAUGGAUGAAUUUGUGAAACAACGAUUUCCCACAAUGGACUUCCCCAUUGAGGAACGCAAUCCAAGUGCUACGAUAUUUGACUUUUUCGUUACUUCCACGGGUGCAUGGCAAAAUUGGAGUACAUUGGUGACAAAUUAUGUUUAUCCAGAAUACUCUACACCCGACUAUUUGAGUAUCCUUGUGCCCAUUGUUGAUAACGUACGUAUUGAUUACUUAAUUAGCACAAUAGCUAAUCAGGAAAAAGCUGUCUUGCUAAUUGGUGAACAAGGAACCGCCAAGACGGUUAUGAUGAAGAAUUUUAUGAAGAAAACCAACCCUGAAUCUUUUAUGGGGCGCUCAUUCAAUUUCUCCUCUGCCACGAGCCCAUUUCAAUUCCAAAAGACCAUCGAGAGUUACGUGGAGAAGCGUCUUGGCAAUACCUUUGGCCCACCCGGUGGGCGAAAACUUAUUGUCUUUAUUGAUGACAUAAAUCUGCCUCAGAUUAACGAGUGGGGUGAUCAAAUUACUAAUGAGAUUGUGCGGCAAACAAUGGAUAUGAAAGGAUUCUACAGCCUCGAGAAACCCGGGGACUUUACCAAUAUUGUCGAUGUUCAAUUUGUAGCGGCAAUGGGCUUACCAGGUGGUGGCCGAAAUGAUAUACCUUCUCGUCUCAAGAGGCAAUUUGCGGUGUUUAAUUGCAACAUCCCCGAUGACGCGUCCAUCGACAAGAUAUUCCGCGUUGUGGGUGAGGGUCACUACAAUACCAAGAGGGGCUUCCAACCUGAGGUGAGGAAUUUGGUGAAACGCCUCAUACCACUCACACGCCUUUUAUGGCAACAUACCCGCAAUAAAUUGCUCCCGACACCCGCAAAAUUCCACUAUGUGUUCAGCCUCAGGGACCUCUCACGCAUUUGGCAGGGGAUGAUUGGCACCCUCUCCACUGUAAUCACGUCCGAGAGUGUCAUGGUAUCCCUGUGGAAGCACGAGUGUACGAGAGUCUUUUCCGAUCGAUUCACCGUGGCCUGCGACAAGGAGUGGUUCAACACAGAAAUACUCGCUCUUGUAACCACAGAACUUGGAGAAGAGUUUGUGGAGAUGGCCAAGCCGAAUCCCGUGUUUGUUGAUUUUAUGCGUGACGCACCAGAGCCAACGGGUGAAGAGGGUGAGGAUACCGACAUGGAAUUGCCAAAAGUCUAUGAGCCCGUCACGCAGUAUGAUAUUCUUAGAGAGCGUCUUAUCAUGUUCCUUUCUCAAUUCAAUGAAAUGGUGCGUGGCACAGGCAUGGAUUUAGUCUUCUUCCCCGACGCCAUGCUACAUUUGGUCAAAAUUUCCCGCAUUAUUCGUCAUCCACGGGGAAAUGUUAUGCUUGUUGGUGUUGGUGGAUCUGGGAAGCAAUCACUCACGAAAUUGGCAUCAUUUAUCGCGGGAUACAAGAUAUUCCAAAUAAACAUGACGCGUUCCUAUAAUGUGGCCAAUUUCCUCGAAGAUCUCAAACUUCUCUAUCGCUCAUGUGGUGUUCAGGGCAAAGGCACAACAUUCCUAUUUUCCGAUUUAGACAUCAAAGAAGAAGGAUUCUUGGAGUAUCUCAAUAACAUCCUCUCAUCGGGUGUUAUUUCGAAUCUCUUCAAUCGCGAUGAACAAUCGGAAAUUGUCUCCGAACUCACUCCCAUCAUGAAGAGGGAGAAUCAAAAGAAAACUGCAACUUCCGAGACCGUCAUGGAAUAUUUUCUACAACGGACAUGCCACAAUCUCCACGUAGUUUUCUGUUUUUCACCUGUUGGCGAAACCUUCCGGCAUCGUGUUUUGCGAUUUCCAGCUCUAGUUUCAGGAUGCACAAUUGAUUGGUUUCAACCAUGGCCAAAAGAUGCUCUUGUGUCUGUGGCCAAGCACUUCCUCUCAGACUUUGAAAUUGAGUGCACGAAAGAAGUAAAGGUGGAACUUGUGAAUGCCCUAGGAACCAUCCAGGAUGUCGUCUCUGAAACAUCCGUGGAUUACUUUCAGCGAUUCCGACGUGCUACACAUGUUACGCCAAAAUCAUACCUCAACUUUAUUGCUGGGUACAAAAAUAUUUACCAGCAAAAGCAGAAGGAACUUGGUGAUGGGGUGGAGAAAAUGGAUACGGGUCUCGAGAAAUUAGCUGAAGCCAGUGCUUCCGUGGAGAUUCUAAAAAAGGAUUUAGCUGUGAUGGAAAAAGAAUUAGCAGAGGCAUCCCAGAAGGCAGAAAGAGUACUCCUUGAAGUCACGGAGAGAGCAAUGCAAGCAGAAAUUGUAAAGAAUCAAGUGCAGACAGUUAAGGAGAAAGCUGAAGCUCUCGUAGCAAAUAUUGCAGAAGAAAAGGGGCUAGCUGAAGAGAAAUUAGAAGCUGCUAAGCCAGCUUUGGAGGAAGCAGAGGCUGCCCUGAACACCAUUAAACCAGCUCAUAUUGCGACAGUUCGCAAACUAGGUCGCCCUCCUCAUCUUAUCAUGCGAAUUAUGGAUUGUGUGCUUAUUCUAUUUCAAAGAAAAGUUCAUCCAAUGAUUGCAGAUACAGCUGCUCCUUGUCCUAAGCCAUCAUGGCAAGAGUCGUUAAAAAUGAUGGCUAGCACUACGUUUUUGCUUCAGCUACAGAAUUAUCCAAAAGAUACCAUAAACGACGAGAUGAUUGAUUUUUUGCAGCCCUAUUUUAGAAUGGAGGACUACAACAUGGAUACAGCAAGAAGGGUCUGUGGUGAUGUUGCCGGAUUACUUUCCUGGACGAAAGCUAUGGCAUUUUUCCAUGGAGUCAAUAAGGAAGUUUUACCUUUAAAAGCAAAUCUUACCUUACAAGAGGCUCGACUUAAAAUUGCCAUGGAUGACUUGGCAGCUGCGGAGAAUCAACUUGCCGAAAGAGAAGCUGCCCUACAGGAAGUCAAAGAGCAGUAUGAUUCUGCUGUUGCUGAAAAACAAAGACUCACAGAUGCAGCCAAUGUUUGUCUCAGAAAGAUGACCGCAGCAACAGCUUUAAUUAAUGGUUUGGGUGGCGAGAAACAUCGAUGGACACAGCAAAGUAAGGAAUUCAAAAUCCAACUUGGAAAGCUCGUGGGGGAUGUUCUUCUGGCUACGGGAUUUUUAUCUUACUGUGGUCCGUAUAAUCAAGAAUUUAGGGCUAAUCUAUUGAAGACGUGGAUGAGUAUUUUGAAAACACGCAACAUCCCCUAUACUCACAAUCUCAAUAUAAUUAAUAUGUUGGUGGAAUCAUCAACAGUUUCUGAAUGGACACUUCAGGGGUUGCCCAAUGAUGAACUUUCUGUGCAGAAUGCAUUGAUUGUUACGAAAUCCAGUAGCUACCCCCUUCUCUGUGACCCACAAAAUCAAGGCAAGUUGUGGAUAAAGACCAAGGAAGAUUGCAAUGAACUUCAGAUAACAUCGCUCAAUCACAAGUACUUUAGAACCCACCUUGAGGAUAGCUUGUCUCUCGGACGACCACUACUUAUUGAGGAUGUAGGAGUGGAAUUGGAUCCUGUGAUUGACAAUGUAUUAGAGAAGAAUUUCAUCAAGUCGGGAACAAUAGAGAAAGUGCUUGUGGGCGACAAGGAGUGUGACGUCAUGCCUGGAUUUAUGCUAUAUAUCACAACUAAAUUACCAAAUCCCGCAUUUAGCCCUGAAAUUAGCGCAAAGACAUCCAUUAUUGACUUUACCGUAACUAUGAGGGGAUUGGAGGAUCAACUUCUGGGUCGUGUGAUUCUAAUGGAGAAAUCCGACUUGGAGGCAGAACGAGUAAAUUUAUUCGAGAGCGUUAUGAAAAAUCAACGAAGUAUGAAAGAAUUGGAGGCAAAUCUCCUCUCGCGUCUGACGUCAUCUGAGGGUUCUCUCGUGGACGAUGAGGCUCUCAUCCAGGUGCUGCAGGAAACGAAGACCACUGCAGAGGAAGUUAAUCAAAAACUCAAAAUCUCCGAGGUAACUGAGAAGAAAAUUAUGGUGGCACGUGAGGAAUUCCGUGCAGUAGCUAGUCGUGGAUCUAUUUUGUAUUUUCUCAUUGUGGAGAUGAGUAAUGUAAACAUAAUGUACCAGAAUUCGCUAAAGCAAUUUCUUGUAAUUUUCGACAACUCAAUUACUAAAUCCGUCAAGAGUAGCAUAACGGAGGAGAGAAUUAAUAUUAUUCUCAAAUAUCUCACAUAUGAGGUGUGGGCAUUCACGAGUAGGUCGCUGUAUGAGAGGCACAAGCAACUAUUCACCCUAAUGUUGGCUAUUAAAAUUGACUACCACAAGGGGAAUAUAAGUCACGAGGAAUUUAUGUCCUUCGUAAAGGGUGGUGCAUCAUUGGAUCUUAAUGCUGUGCAACCAAAACCAUUUAGGUGGAUUUUGGACAUGGUAUGGCUGAAUCUUGUGGAAAUUAGCCGACUAAAUACCUUCUCAGAUCUCCUCAAAAAGAUAGAAACGAAUGAAAAGGAGUGGCGUGUUUGGUAUGAAGCUGAGAAACCAGAAAUGGAGGAAAUCCCAUGUGGGUACCACAAUAAUUUGGAUGUGUUUCGGAAAUUACUAUUGGUGCGGAGUUGGAGCCCGGAUCGUACAAUUUCGCAAGCUAGAAAGUACAUUGAGGAAUCCUUGGGUCCUGAGUAUGGGGAAAUGCAAAUUCUUGACCUGGAAGCCACUUGGGAGGAAUCCGAGCCCCGCACACCACUUAUUUGCAUCCUGUCAAUUGGCUCGGAUCCAUCAACUCAAAUUUCAACAUUGGCAAAGAUAAAGAGUAUCCCUCUUAAAGCCGUCUCGAUGGGUCAAGGACAAGAGUUUCAUGCACGCAAACUGAUUACAGACUGCAUGGGUUCUGGGGGGUGGGUGCUACUUCAGAAUGCUCACCUCUCUAUAACAUUCUGUGCCGAAAUAAUCGAUAUUCUCGUGGAGACGGAACACGUGGAGGAAACAUUUAGGCUGUGGGUUACAACGGAGGUUCACGAACAAUUCCCAAUUGGUCUUUUGCAGAUGGCAAUUAAAUUUACAAAUGAACCCCCACAGGGGAUAAGGGCUAGUAUGAAGAGGAGCUAUCAAACUUUCACACAGGAUUUCUUAGAUUAUACAUCAGCACCGCAAUGGCCACCGCUUCUGUACACAAUUGCCUUCUUACACACUGUAGUCCAGGAGCGUAGGAAAUUCGGCCCACUCGGUUGGAAUGUGCCGUAUGAAUUUAAUCAGGCAGAUUUUGCCGCCUCCGUACAAUUCAUUCAGAAUCAUUUGGAUGAAAUGGAUCCUAAGAAGGGUGUGUCUUGGCAAACACUGUGCUAUAUGCUGGGUGAGGUUCAAUACGGUGGCAGGGUUACGGAUGACUUUGAUAAACGUCUCCUGACCACAUUUACACAAGUAUGGUUUAGCGAAUCUCUUCUGAGUAGCGGCUUUGAAUUUUACAAGGGCUACAGAGUCCCAAUGACACGCAAUUUGCAAGGUUACGUGGAUUAUAUUAAUUCCCUACCAACAUCUGACACCCCCGAAGUGUUCGGUUUGCACCCAAAUGCCGAUAUCACGUAUCAGAUUAACACGGCCAAGGGUAUAUUGGAUACUAUAUUGUCGGUUCAGCCCAAGGAGGGUGGUAGCCAAGGUGGGGAAACACGAGAAAACAUUGUGUAUCAAUUAGCGGAUGAUAUGCUACGCAAGCUACCGCCCGCGUACAAUUCUUUUGAGGUGAAGGAGGCUCUCUUGCGAAUGGGUGUGCUUCUGCCCAUGAACAUCUUCCUCCGGCAGGAAAUCGAUCGAAUGCAGCGAGUAAUUAAAACCGUACGGUCUAGUCUCAGCGACCUGAAAUUGGCCAUCGAUGGCACUAUUGUCAUGAGUCAGUACCUUAGGGAAUCGCUGGAUGCCAUGUAUGACGCACGUAUUCCUGAUAAAUGGAUGAAGGUUUCGUGGGAAUCAACAACACUUGGUUUUUGGUACACGGAAUUACUGGAAAGAAACACCCAAUUUAGGCAUUGGUGCAAUAGUGAUAGACCCAAAGUCUUCUGGAUGACGGGAUUUUUCAAUCCGCAGGGAUUUCUCACGGCUAUGCGACAGGAGGUAACGCGAGCACAUAAAGGAUGGGCCCUGGAUUCUGUUGUACUCCAGAAUCAAAUAACACGCUUCAACAAAGAAGACAUCUCCGAAGCGCCGUCAGAAGGUGUUUAUGUGCAUGGAUUGUUUCUCGAAGGAGCAUCUCUGGAUCGCCGCAGUGGGAAGUUGAUAGAGUCAAAACCAAAAGUUCUAUACGAACAGAUGCCAGUGACUUAUAUUUAUGCCAUUAACACAACGGCUGGCAAGGAUCCACGACUCUAUGAAUGUCCCAUCUACCGGAAGCCACAGCGUACAGACCAAAAGUACGUAGGCUCAAUCGACUUUGAGACGGACUUCAAUUCAAGACAUUGGAUUCUACGUGGUGUCGCCCUUCUUUGUGAUAUUAAAUGAGCAAUGAAUUUAGAAAUUUGUCGGCAAGUACACCUUCAAUGCUUUGUGGGUUUUAAAUGAGCAAAAGUUUCGCAAUAAUUUAAAAUGAUUCACUUCUAGAGAUAUAUAUGGGUUUGCAUUGUAUAUAGCAAAACCCACGCACAAAAUUCUUUAUAAACAAUUUUCGCUGCUGAAUAAAGUUUUGCUUUUACACCUGCUUACAGAAA